CCUCUCUCUCCUCAAUGUGGUCAAUGUGGGUGUUACUCAAAAUUACUAGUUCAGUCCUGUAACGUACCGUACUCGUACCGCCUCUCGGCCACUGCAGCGUUUCUCUUCCCCCCAUCCUAAUCGGGAAAGUCUCCAGAAUCUCAGCUUCGUCACUUUUAGUUCUCAGUUUUUCCUCCCACUCUCAAUCGCAAGCAUGAAAAUGCCGGACAUCAAUGCUCGGGACGGUGUCCUGUCCCUAGGUCAGGAUAUGGUAACACAUACCUAUCCGACUUCCACCUCCAAUCCUGAACCGGAGGGCGAGUCAGCUCAUGAUGCAAUUCCCGGUCAUCCACUGGGAGUCAAGCCUAGUGGCAACGCCCUGCUUGCGACUGCGAACCUCCGGGAUGCAAUUGGGACCUUCAACAUUUUGCCGGACGAGUUUAUCCUGCUGCUGUUGGAGCACCUUGACGGGUCAAGUCUGGUGCGUAUUGGACGCACCUGUAAAGCAUUCUAUGCUUUCACCCGGGCCGAAGAAUUGUGGAAGGCUCUGUUUAUUGCGUCUCCCCCGGCCAAGUUUACCUGGAAAGGAACAUGGCGCUCCAGCUAUCUGAACAUCCCACCGGCGGAAGUGUGCAUUCUGGACUGUUCGAACCUCUACUCGGACGUCCUGCACCGUCCCUUCCACUGCGCGCACAUCAGUCUCGACCCCUACGUUAACGGCAUUCCGGCCCGUAACCAGAUCUCCCGAUUACCCGAUCUCUCCUACGAAGAAUUCAACGAGAAAUGGACCGACACGCCUUUCAUCCUUACGGAGCCCGUCAAGGAGUGGCCGGCGUUCAAGAAGUGGACGGUGGACUCGCUGCUCUACGACUACGGCGAGACCGUCUUCCGCGCCGAGGCCGUCGACUGGCCGUUCUACAGCUAUGUAGAGUACAUGAAGAACAACUCCGACGAGAGCCCGCUGUAUCUCUUCGACCGCGCGUUUGUGUCGAAGAUGGGACUCAAGGUUGGACAGCGGGAUCAGGAACCCGAGGCCGCUUAUUGGCCGCUCGCCUGCUUUGGAGAGGACUUCUUCUCCGUGCUGGGCAAUGAUCGGCCAGACCGGCAGUGGCUGAUUGUCGGACCCGAACGGUCUGGAAGUACUUUCCACAAGGACCCGAAUGCCACCAGCGCGUGGAACGCGGUCAUUCGCGGCUCCAAGUACUGGAUCAUGUUCCCUUCGUCGUCCAAGCUCCCGCCUCCGCCGGGAGUCUAUGUGUCGGAAGAUCAGAGUGAGGUGACCUCGCCGCUGAGUAUUGCGGAGUGGCUGUUUGGGUUCCACGCGGAAGCCCGGCGCACCCCGGGCUGCAUCGAGGGCAUCUGCAAGGAGGGAGAGAUCCUCCAUGUGCCCUCGGGAUGGUGGCACUUGGUCGUGAAUAUCGAACCCUCUAUCGCCAUUACGCAGAACUUCAUUCCUCGCGCUCAUCUGAGCGCUGCUCUGGAUUUCUUGUCCAACAAGGCGGAUCAGGUUUCCGGGUUUAGGAAAGACGUGCAUAAUCCUUACGAACGGUUCUUGGCUAAAAUGCAGGAGCACCACCCAGAGCUGCUCCAGCAGGCACAGGAGGAGCUGAGGAAGAAGAUGGAAGGCAAAAAGAGAAAGUGGGAUGAAAUUGUUCAUGGAAAAACAGAUCAAGACGGGCCCGAGGAGACCAGUGGAGGUGGAGGGUUCAGCUUCGGAUUCGGAGGCGACGAUAGCGACAUCGAGGUCCCGUGAUCCAGAUCUUCCCACCUCGCGUUCUAAGAGAACGACUUUGGCAAUAUUUAUGACAACGCCCACACCCUGAACGACCAGCGUCUGAACUUCCAGCCCAGUGACGCCUAUUCUUCAGAAACUUGAGACCGCUUCCAACCGACCCAGCCCGCGCGCCCAUCUAGUGACACGCCACCGUCUUGCUAGCGGAAGUAUCGUCUCCAAACGCCAGGU